CUCACUUGUGAAAGUACUUCAGAGUAUAGCAGACGGUCAUACCAGGCCAUACUGACAUCUCUGAAAAAUUAUGUAGACAUGUGCUGGUUACGUUUCUAUAUAUUUAUGUAUUAAAAGAACUGAUCAACAUUUUUAUUAUCUUAAUUUUUUCAUUCAUCAGUAUUUAAUAUUCAAUUCUACGUGUAAAGUAUUUCUAAAGUGUAACAUGAAUAUGUAAAAUGAAAAUGACUAACUUCAUACAUGUUAAUAAGUGUGUAUGGAUGGUUUGAUUAGAAUUGAAAAUUUAUAUAAGUAAAGAAUGAUCAAAUGAGUGAACAAUUUAUAUCAAAUGUUGAAUAAUAACGUGAAAUAAAAGAAUAAGAGAAAUAUCAAAUGUUUAAUUACUUAUUAUUUAAUUACAUGUAUUUGAAACUAUUAAUUUUAUAUAGGUUAAAUAAUUAGCAGAAAAGAAAUAAACGAUGUAUAAUAAGAAAUUUACUGUAAGAAACAGUAACUAUUUAUUCGUAAUAUGGGGACUCGCAAUGCAUUUGAUAAUACUAUGGGGUAUACUUGAUAUAAAUUUUCAUUCUCCUAUUAUACAAGACUUGCCAAAUGUACCAAUUUUGAAUAAUGCACCAGCAAAAAGAUUGGUUUUAUUUAUAGCAGAUGGUUUAAGGUUUAGAACCUUUAUUGAAGCACCACCAAAAUUUCUCAAGCAAAUAAUGAUAAAUAAAGGUGCUUGGGGUAUAUCACAUACAAGAAUGCCAACAGAAUCUAGGCCAGGUGUUGUUGCAAUUUGUGCAGGAUUAUAUGAAGAUCCUAGUGCAAUUUUUAAAGGAUGGAAAGAAAAUCCUGUUGAUUUUGAUUCUGUAUUUAAUCAGAGUUACUUUACAUGGGCAUGGGGAAGUCCUGACAUUAUACCUAUGUUUACAAAAGGUGCAAAAAAUAACAUCCAUGGAGAUAGUUAUUCUCCAGAAUGGCAAGAUUUUGAUAGAAUGCAAGGUCAAAUUUGGCGUUUAGAUUCAUGGGUAUUUGACAAAUAUAUCAAUUGGCUUCAGGAAGAAGCUCACAGAAAUAAAAAUGCAAAACGAAUUAUUCUUUUCCUUCACCUUCUUGGUUGUGAUACUACAGGACAUACAUCGAAACCUUAUUCUAGAGAAUAUGUUGAUAACAUGAAUUAUGUUGAUCGAAAAAUAGAAGAGGUGGUACAUAUGACAGAAGAUAUUUUUGGAGAUAAUAGUACUGCAUACGUUUUCACAGCAGAUCAUGGAAUGACUGAUUGGGGAUCACAUGGAAGUGGUUCUACAGAUGAAACAGAAACUCCAUUGAUUGUUUGGGGUGCAGGGAUUAAUGCAUUUAAUUCUAGUCAAAAUGUGGAGCAAGUAGAUAUUACCCCAUUAAUAUCAUCUUUAAUUGGUGCUCCUAUACCAAUUAAUAAUGAAGGUGUUUUACCAUGGCAAUACUUAGAUACUGCUAAUCAGAACUAUAUAAAUCGUGUUUUAUUAAAUAAUUUAAAGCAAUUAACAUAUCAAGUAAAAGCAAAUCGUAUGUUGAACUGUGAGGAUAAUGAAUUUGCAGAUUGGAGAGAGGUAGAAUUAGAUAAUAAAAUUUUGAUGCUAGAUAAAUAUCUUGAGGUAAAAGAUUCAAAUGAGACAUUAAAAGAUAUAGUAGCUACAAUUAAAUUAGCCAAAAAGGCUUUAGUAUAUUUUCGACAAUACCAAAGAAUACGAUUUUUAGCAUAUUUAUCAGUAAUGUGGUUUGGCUGGAUAACGUUGCUAUUUCUAAAAAUAGCCGGAACUAAACGAACUGUUAUUAAUUCCUCUAAUUUAUUAAUAACAGAUAUUGUAUUUGUAAUAUUACUAUUUACAAUACUUAUCAUGCACAAAGUUUCAGGUUGUAAUAAUUGGAGGCUACCUUGCUAUGCAUUGUUAGCUAUAAUUUCUGUUUGGAUAGCUAUUCGGAAUGCGAUUACGCGUUCGAUACAAUUAAAGAUACAUAAUAAUAAACAUCAUUGGUUAAUGGGCAUAGAAAUAGUUGUUUUAUUAGCAACAAUGUUCAUUGGAUUAACGUAUAGAUCAUUUCUCAGUAUAGGAAUUUUAUGCAUUGGCUUUUCCCAGAAAAUAUUGCUAAAAAACAUGAAGAAUUCUUUUUUUUGGACUGCUUUAUGUCUGGCUGUUUUUCCAUUACUACCUGUAGUUGAACCGUACCCUCGAGUUUAUAUUGUACUUCUCAGCAUAUGUGUUGAGGCUAUAAUAGUUAUUGUAAAAGUCUACUCAAAGAGUAGGAAAACAGCAGAAAUUUUGCGGCUAGCAAUUAUAGGGCUAAUAUAUUUAGAAUUUAUAGAUGGUCGAAAUUGGAUUUCGUGGGCAAUUUUAUUAACUACACCGUUAUAUAUUUGUACCUACCCUACACAAUUAAAGGAAAGAAUGCAAGGAAUUAUGUUGAGCCUCUUUUGCCCACUUGUUUUAUUAUCAGCAUCUUAUGAACCUUUCUUUUUCAUAAUUCUUGCAUUGCAUUUAUCUUGUUGGAUAUCUGACGUUAAAAAAGAUGAGAAAAAUGAAGAACUCUUGACAAUAGAAGAAUUACUCAAAGCAGCAAUCUUUAUGUUAUAUACAUUGUUGUGCUUUUUUGGAACUGGUAACAUGGCAAGUAUCAGUUCAUUUGAUCCCUCUUGGACGCGGCAUUUUGUGACGGUUUUUUCACCAUUUAUAAUGUUUUCAUUGAUACUAUUAAAAAUUUGUAUACCUUUAAUCUUGGUGGGAUGUACAAGUUACACCUUUGGAUCUUCGAAUAGUUUUCUAGCGGUGGUAUUACUAGGAGACUGUUUAACGCUACCACUUAUCUAUUGUGUUACACCUCAAGGGAGUUGGUUAGAUAUUGGUAGUGCAAUAAGUAGAUUCACUAUUACAAUUUCUCUUCCAUGUCUUUUAUUGUUAUUAUACUGUUUAUCAUACCCUCUUAUAACUUAUUAUCCAAAUAAAUUGAAAUUUCAUAUUAGCUUAAAAAAGCAGCAUAUUGUAUGAACAAUGUAUAUCAUUUUUCUUGAUAUGGUAAAGUUUAUAUACAUUUGUUAUUAUCAAAAAUUAAUAUGCUUACAGUAGGUUUGGAUUUUAAAUCUUCGUAUAUCAGGGUAUGGAACAAAAUGUAAAAUUGUGUCAUAAUGUGAUAGCUGAACAUUAAUGAUUUGCUAUCCACUAAUUCUUAGAUCUAUAGUAUUAAUUCAUUAGUAUUUCUACAAUUUCAAAAUAAAAAUAUCGUUCUUA